AUGGAUGAGGAUAUUGUUGACCGAAUGACCAGUCUUAAGUUAACGGCUGAAGAGGAAGAAGAUAUUCAGGUCUCCGAAGAGGGACAAUUGGAGGAACUUGAGGGUUGUGUUCUGAGUUUGAUAGGAAAGUUCUUAACUUGCAAACCUUAUAACAGGAAGGUAGCAAAGAACACGCUUCAACGAGCGUGGGGGCUAGAGAAAGGUCUUCAGAUCUCUGAGGUGGGCAAUAACCUUUUUCAGUUUAAGUUCCAGUCGGAGUAUGAACUAAAUCAGAUCUUGAAGGGUGGCCCGUGGACUUUUGAUAAUCAACUUCUAAUGCUUACUCGAUGGAGGGCGGGCAUGAGCGCUAACAAUGUAGCCUUGGAGCAUGCCUCACUGUGGGUCCAAAUCUGGGGGGUGUCGUUUGAUAUGAUGUCUCCUAAGGUGGCGGCGGAGGUGUGA